UUGUGUGGCCUGUAUGUAUAUAAACCAAAGAAGAAGAACAAAUACUCAUGUACGUCUUCAUUAUUGCUCAAUCAAAUACAUUAUGGCAACAGAUAUAAAAUCACAAGAUAUAAAAUCACAAGAUAUAAAAUCUAACAUUUCACUCAACUUCUAAACCUCCAAAAAAACCUCCUCAAGAAUGGAACUCGGUAAUGUUUUAACAGGUACUCUUGUUAUUCUUAAACCCAUUUUUCUUCGUGGGGUUUCUGCUUCAUUGCACUUACUUUUAAUUCUCGUAUUAUUGGUAUUCUUUGUGUAUAACAAACUCAGAGUCAGCAGUACUGAAGGUUCCAAAGAGAAGUAUACUAGGGUCUUGUGGUUUAAACUGACCGUGUUCUGUUGCUUGAGUGUUUCACUUCUUAAUCUUGUGUUAUGUCUGUUGAGUUACUUUUACUGGUAUACAAAUCGUUGGUCUGAUGAUGAACUGGUAACCCUUUUGGAUUUUGCUCUUAGAACACUCUCUUGGGCUGCACUUUCUUUCUAUUUGCACACUCAGUUUUUAAAUUCAGCUCGAAUUAAGUUCCCAUUUUUGUUGAGAGUUUGGUGGGGAUUUUAUUUUUUCAUUUCUUGUUAUGGUCUUGUAGUGGAUGUUCUUCUUUAUGGAAAACAUUUGCCUUCUCAAGUUCAGUAUGUAGUUUGGGAUGGUUUCUCUGUCUUUACUGGUUUGUUUCUGUGUUAUGUUGGUUUCUUGAGAAUUAGGAGUGAAGAUACUCUAUUGGAGGAACCCCUUUUGAAUGGUAAUUCAAUUGAUUUAGAGGUAACUAAGUUAAGAGGGAGUGAUUCUGUCACUCCUUAUUCAUAUGCUAGUCUUUUUAGUAUUCUUACAUUUUCUUGGGUUGGUUCUCUAAUUUCUGAUGGCAAUAAGAAAGCUUUAGACCUUGAGGAUGUUCCUCAACUUGAUAGUGGGAAUAGUGUAGUUGGUGCAUUUACGGUGUUUAGGAAUCGACUCGAGUUAGGUAGCGGUGAUGGUGGAGUUACGACAUUAAAGCUUGUGAAGGCAUUGUUCUUUUCAGCCCGGAAAGAAAUAUUAUGGACAGCCUUUCUUGCAGUACUAUGCACAACUGCUUCUUAUGUUGGUCCAUACCUUAUAGAUUCAUUUGUUCAGUGUCUAAAUGGACAAGGAACAUUCAAAAAUCAGGGCUAUGUUUUAGCUUCUGCCUUCCUGGUUGGAAAGCUUGUAGAAUGUCUUUCGAAAAGGCAUUGGUACUUUAUGUUGCAGCAAGUAGGAAUUAGGAUGUGUGCCAUACUUGUGGCAAUGAUCUACAACAAAGGGUUGACACUUUCUUGCCAGUCGAAGCAGGGCCAGACUAGUGGGGAGAUCAUCAAUAUUAUGACUGUUGAUGUAGAGCGAAUCCGUGAAUUUAGCUGGUAUAUGCAUGAUCCUUGGCUAGUUAUAAUCCAAGUUGGUCUGGCCUUGUUCAUUUUAUAUAAAAAUCUUGGGCUCGCAGCUGUUGCUACUUUGCUUUCAACUAUUGUUGUCAUGUUAUUGAACUAUCCAUUGGGAAGGCUAAUGGAGAACUUUCAAGAAAGGUUGAUGGAAUCUAAAGAUAAACGAAUGAAAGCAACAUCUGAGGUUUUAAGGAAUAUGAGAAUUCUCAAGCUUCAGGCGUGGGAAAUGAAGUUUUUGUCUAAGAUUGUCAAGCUUCGGAAGACAGAAACAGGAUGGUUGAGGAAAUUUGUUUAUACUUCAGCAAUUGUAAGUUUUGUCUUCUGGGGUUCCCCUACUUUUGUAUCUGUGGUCACAUUUGGUUCUUGUAUGCUUAUGGGAAUUCCCCUCGACUCGGGGAAGAUAUUAUCUGCACUGGCUACAUUCGGGAUCCUUCAAAAGGCAAUCUAUAAUCUUCCUGAUACAGUUUCUAUGAUCGUUCAAACCAAGGUUUCCCUUGAUAGAAUUUCGUCUUUUCUUCGACUUGACGAUUUACAGUCUAAUGCUGUUGAGAGGUUAACAAGAGGCAGUUCUGAUACAGCAAUUGAGAUAGCAGAUGGCAUUUUCUCUUGGGAAUUAUCAACUCCUAACCCGACAUUGAAGGAUAUAAACUUGAAAGUAUUCCAUGGUAUGCGAGUUGCGGUAUGUGGUACAGCUGGUUCUGGCAAGUCGAGCUUACUUUCCUGCAUCUUGGGCGAGGUACCUAAGAUAUCAGGGACACUUAAACUGUGCGGUUCAAAGGCCUAUGUUGCACAGUCACCAUGGAUACAAAGUGGCAGAAUUGAAGAGAAUAUUUUAUUUGGUAAGGAAAUGGACAGGGAAAUGUAUGAGAGAAUUUUGGAGGAUUGUUCCCUGAAGAAGGACCUUGAAAUCCUGUCAUUUGGCGACCAGACUAUUAUAGGUGAACGGGGCAUCAAUCUGAGUGGCGGACAAAAACAAAGAAUACAAAUUGCUCGAGCUCUCUACCAAGAUGCUGAUAUCUAUCUUUUUGAUGAUCCUUUUAGCGCUGUUGAUGCACAUACUGGAUCUCAUUUAUUUAAGGAAGUUUUGCUAGGCUUCUUGAGUUCGAAAACGGUUAUUUUUGUUACUCAUCAGGUUGAGUUCUUACCUGCAGCUGAUCUAAUAUUGGUCAUGAAAGAAGGAAGGAUUACACAAGCUGGAAAGUAUAACGACAUUCUCAGUUCGGGCUCUGAUUUUAUGGAACUUGUAGGUGCACAUGAGUCAGCUUUAUCAGGUCUUAAAUCAAAUCAAGUAGGACCAGAUUCUGAAAAUAUAAGUACCAAAAAAGAUGGUGAUGGCACGAGUAGUACCAACGAGGUUUCCUUGAAAGAAGGAAACAAGGAUAUAAAAGAUAGUAAAGCUGACGAGAUAGCUGAUCCAAAGGCACAGCUUGUUCAAGAAGAAGAAAGACAAAAAGGUCGAGUUGGAUAUCUGGUCUACUGGAAAUAUCUUACCAUGGCAUAUGGAGGAGCUCUGGUGCCCUUUAUUUUGGUGGCGCAGAUUCUUUUUCAGGUUCUUCAAAUUGGUAGCAACUACUGGAUGACUUGGGCUACUCCUGUAUCAGUGGAUGUGAAACCUCUUGUGAGCGGAUCCACACUAAUACUCGUUUAUGUAGCUUUGGCAAUUGGAAGUUCAUUUUGCAUCCUCAUUCGUUCCACUCUUCUUGUAACAGCAGGGUAUAAGACAGCAACUCUGCUGUUCGAUAAAAUGCAUUUGUGCAUUUUCCGAGCACCUAUGUCCUUCUUUGAUGCAACUCCAAGUGGACGGAUUCUGAACAGAGCUUCUACGGACCAAAGUGAAGUUGACAUGCAGAUUCCAAAUCAAGUCGGGUUAGUUGCAUUCUCAAUGAUCCAGCUACUGGGAAUCGUGGCAGUAAUGUCUCAAGUAGCAUGGCAAGUGUUUAUUGUUUUUAUUCCUGUGAUCGCUGCCUGCAUCUGGUACCAGCGAUACUACAUUGCUUCUGCAAGAGAACUUUCACGGCUGAUUGGAGUUUGCAAAGCCCCUGUCAUCCAGCAUUUUGCUGAAAGUAUAUCAGGAGCGACAACUAUCAGGAGCUUUGAUCAUGAACAACGAUUCCAGGAAAUAAUCAUGAAGCUGACAGAUGCACAUUCUCGGCCCAAGUUUCAUAGUGCUGCUGCAAUGGAAUGGCUUUGCUUCCGCCUGGAUAUGUUCUCUGCUAUUAUGUUUGCCUUCUCUUUGUUUUUCUUAAUCUCCUUUCCGGAAGGAAUUGAUCCAGCCAUUGCUGGUUUAGCUGUGAUAUAUGGACUGAACCUGAACACUUUACAAGCUGUGGUCAUAUUGCAUAUCUGCAAAGCAGAGAAUUCAAUCAUAUCAGUAGAAAGAAUACAUCAAUACAUGUCUAUUCCUAAUGAGCCUCCUCUUGUAAUCGAAGAAAAUAGGCCAGACCGUUCUUGGCCAGCACAUGGUGAAGUUGAUAUUGAUCAUCUGCAGGUCCGGUAUGCCCCUCACAUGCCGCUUGUGUUGCAAGGUCUGACUUGCACUUUCCGAGGAGGCAACAAAACUGGUAUAGUAGGAAGAACAGGCAGUGGGAAAUCGACCCUCAUACAAACUCUUUUCCGCAUUGUCGAUCCUGCAGUUGGUCAGAUCAUGAUUGACGACAUCAAUAUAGCAUCAAUUGGUUUGCACGAUUUGCGGUCAAGAAUUAGCAUUAUUCCUCAGGAUCCCACCAUGUUUGAAGGGACUGUACGGAGUAACCUGGACCCUCUUGAAGAAUACACAGACAAGCAAAUCUGGGAGGCUCUUGAUAAGUGUCAACUUGGAGAUGAAGUUAGAAAGAAGGAGAAAAAGCUAGACUCCACUGUGGCUGAAAAUGGAGAUAACUGGAGUAUGGGUCAGAGGCAACUAGUAUGCCUCGGACGAGUACUACUGAAGAAGAGUAAGGUCUUAGUCCUUGAUGAAGCUACAGCUUCAGUUGAUACAGCUACAGACAGUUUAAUUCAGCAAACCAUUAAGCAACAUUUCACCAACUGUACUGUUAUAACCAUCGCCCAUCGAAUAACUUCUGUUCUUGACAGCGACAUGGUUCUGCUUUUAAGUCACGGGCUCAUUGACGAAUACGACUCUCCCACAAGAUUACUAGAAAAUAAGUCAUCAUCAUUUUCGCAACUUGUAGCAGAAUACACCGCUAGGUCAAAUACCAGUUUUGACUAGUUAAACGAAUUGAAAGAGAAACCUUCAUAAACCAGACAAUUCGCCGGGAUAAGUUUCUUGAUGAGGACGAUAACAUCAAUAAGGUAACUAAGUUACCAGUUGCAGUCAGUUGUAGUGUAUGUUAAUGAUGUAAAAUUUUGAAAUGGACUAAGAAUUGAAGCUUAGCUAAUUAAAUGGCGAUCUAUGUUUCCUUUGAGCUUCCUUGAACCACACAUUUUUUUAAGGUUUAACACUCUAAUAAGUAAUUAAAGAACCAAAGGGUUUUUAAAGAUUUAUCUGGUUCAAUAAUUUUUGAUAUUUAAGGUUUCUCCGGUUCAAAAGGUUGAAUUAUAUUUUCCUGAGUUUUAAAAAAGCACCAAAACAGAUUGGUGGAUCUCUUUGCAGUCGAAUCGGUUGAACUAUCCAGUUCGAUUUAAUUGUUAAAACACUGGUUGUAAUUACCCUGUGCUUUUGGCAUUACAAUAAUUGAAGUUAUUUUCGUAAA